AUGCGCCAGCGUUGUCUCCAUACAACUCAACCAGCCGUUGAGGAGAGAGAGGAGACGGAAGAACUGAUCCAGCUAACGCAUAUUAUCGUUGACUGUUCAUCGUUUCCAUACAUCGAUCUGAUGGGUGUCGAUGCGCUAGCCCGUGCCCAUGCCGAAUAUCAGGCGAUUAAUAUCACUGUGUUUUUUGCCUGCUGCAAAGUGGCAGUACGGCAAAUGUUCGAGAAUUCACAUUUUUACCAGCACGUACCAAAAAGUUACAUGUUUGUCUCAUUACAAGAUGCUGUUGCUCAGGCACAGUACGAACAGGAAAAAAAUAUUCGUCUUCACGAAAGUCUUGAAAGUGUUCCAAAUCGUUUCUCGGUUAGUUCUGAUGUUUAUUUUGGAUCUCACCCUCUCUUAUUUUUCCAUUACGAAAUAAAUGGAAAUUUUAGUAAAUGUUGA